AUGAAAAUACGCUUCAUUUUUACUCUUCUUGUCAUCGCUGUGGGCGCCACCAGCGUUGUAGCCAUAUCUAGGGAAGAGAUGAGUGCCUCUGAGGAAGCAACCAGUGCUUCUGCUUGUCGCACGCGUGGUUCUUUCUGUACCACCAACGUUGAUUGCUGCCGCGGCUUCAGCUGCAAUCGCGCCAGCUGGCCGCGUCGUCGCUGCGGUUAA